UGAUUGAAUCCGGCGAGUGUGUGAUCGUGGACACUAGACAACUAUCGAUUCGAACUUAUACGCACGCAUAGUAGUUGUAAUCGAUCGGAAGAAAUGUUCGCGCGAAAUUAACGAUACGCCAACAAUUUGUGUAGUCAUUAUGAGUGGAGAAAUAAAGUCUGCUGCUAAAAAGCAGCCAGUACCAAUCAAUCGGACAUCAGAAAUUAUAAAAUCACGUUCAAAAUUACCAAUUAUUGGUGAAGAACAAGUCAUUAUGGAAGCAAUCAGUGAAAAUGAUGUCAUCAUUGUGGUUGGUGAAACAGGUAGUGGAAAAACUACACAAGUACCUCAGUUUUUAUAUGAAGCCGGCUACUCAAAUGGGAAUAAAUUAAUUGGUGUCACAGAACCUAGGCGUAUCGCUGCAAUAUCUGUAUCUCAACGAGUAGCUGAAGAGUUAAAUGAAACAUCCGAUAUUGUAUCAUAUUUAAUAAGAUUUGAAGGAAAUGCAGGACCUAAUACAAAAAUAAAGUUUAUGACUGAUGGUGUAUUGUUAAAAGAGAUCCAAAAUGAUUUUUUGCUAAAAAACUAUUCAGCAAUUAUAUUAGAUGAGGCUCAUGAGAGACGAGUAUUUUCUGAUAUACUGAUUGGUAUCUUAUCCCGUAUUGUUCGACUGCGUCAAAAAAGAGCUAAUCCAUUGAAGUUAAUCAUUAUGUCUGCUACUCUUAAAGUUGACGAUUUUUCAAAAAAUCAAAAACUUUUUCCUCAACCACCACCUAUUAUUGAACUAAGUUCAAGACAGUUUCCAGUGACAAUUCAUUUCAACAAGAAAACACCACAUGAUUAUUUAGAUGAAGCUUAUAAAAAAAUCUAUAAAAUCCAUUCUAAUUUACCAGCUGGUGCUAUUUUAGUAUUUUUAACUGGUAAAUUAGAAGUAAAACAAUUGGUAUCAAAGCUUCGUAAAGCUUUUCCAUAUCGAGAAACAGAUUCUAAAAUAGGUGUUAAUACCAAAUGUAAGGCUGAAAAGAAAAAUGAAAUUGGAAAACCUUUGCCUGAAAUUAAUUUAGAUGAUUAUGACAUUGAAAUGCAUUCAGAAGAUGAGUUAAUUCUUUCGGAAAAUUCAAGUGCCGAUGAAGAUGAUGAUGAUGAUGAUGAAGUACCAAGUAAAAUCAUGAAAUUUAGUUCUUCGCCGCUAUGGGUACUUCCUCUCUAUUCAAUGUUACCUGCCCAUAAACAAUCAAAGAUAUUUGAACCACCUCCUCCUGGUUGCCGUAUGUGUGUUGUAAGUACCAAUGUAGCAGAACUCUCUUUAACUAUACCUAAUGUCAAAUAUGUUGUUGAUUGUGGAAAAACUAAAAUUCGAGAAUAUGAUCCAUUAACUAGUGUUUCGAGAUUCUCAGUCGUUUGGGAAAGUAAAGCUUCAGCAAAUCAAAGAGCUGGUAGAGCUGGAAGAACUUCACCUGGACACUGUUAUCGUUUAUUUUCAUCUGCUCUAUUCAAUGACGAGUUUCCAGAAUGGAAUUUACCCGAAAUUCAAACAACACCUAUUGAUAAUGUUAUUUUACAAAUGAAAUCAAUGAAAAUUGAUAAAAUAACUAGUUUUCCAUUUCCUACACCACCAGAUAAACAAACCAUUUUAGGAGCAGAAAAAAGAUUAGUUACACUAGGUGCUUUAGAAGUUGACAAAAAUGUUGCCGAAAUCAACAAUAUUACACCUCUGGGAAAGAGUAUGGCUGCUUUUCCAUUAUCUCCUCACUAUGCUAAGAUGUUGUGUUUGAGUAAAGACCGUAGUUUAUUACAAUAUAUGCUAUUCAUAAUUUCUGCAAUGUCUGUUCAAGAAUAUUUACCUGGUGACAAUGUUGAAGCUUGGAAAAAAACCAAACUUUCAUGGGCAAAUAAAGGCGAAUUUUUACUCUUAGGGGAUCUAAUGGUAAUAUUACGAUCCAUGGGAGGUGCAAGUCAUGCAAUGAAAAAAUCGGGGUUAGGAGGUCUACAAGAUUAUUGCACCAAAACAGGAUUACAUCAAAAAUCAAUUUUAGAAGCUUGGAAAUUGAACAAUCAAUUAAUUAAUCAACUCAACAUAAAUGUGCCAUCAUUAAAAUUAAAUACCGAUUUAGACAUGACACCGCCCACACCAAUACAAGUAAAGCAAAUAAGACAAAUUGUAUUAGCUGGCAUGUUAGAUAGAGUUGCAAGGCGAUUAACCACCAAUGAAUUAAAUAGAAAUGGAAUAAGGCCAAAUAAGGCUGCUUAUUAUGCAUCAAAUUUAACAGAAAUAGUAUACAUACACAACAGUAGUGUUUUAAAAAAAAGUAAACCAGAAUGGUUAAUUUAUCAGGAGAUAUUUCAAGUACAAGACAAAAUGUAUAUUAAAGGUCUUACUGCAAUUGAACCGGAAUGGUUACCCGUGUAUGCUAAUAGAUUAUGUAAAACAUUAAAAGUAUUGGAUGACCCUACACCCAGGUAUGAUGAAGAAACUGAAAAAAUGUUCUGUACAGUUAAUGCGACUUAUGGUCAAGCUGGAUGGUCAUUACCACAAGCUGAGAUUGAAUUUCCAGAUAUUGAAAAAAAAUAUUGUUGGUUAGCAUUUUUUAUACUGAGUGGAAACGUUUUUCCACAGUUGAAAGAUUUUAGACAACAUUUGUUGUCCGAACCCGAUCUCAUAGUAAAACCUUGGCUAAAAUUCCUAAAAGAAUCAUUUUAUUUGCUUACACAAACAUUAAUCAAAAACCGCGAUGAUUCACCAAAAAAAAUUAAAGAACAUUGGUUAAAAAAGCCAACAUAUUUGUUGGAAGAAUAUUUAACAUGGUUACCACAAUCAGCUCAUAAAGAAGUAAAAUUGAUAUGGCCACCAUUGUAAAAUUAAUAAUCACAGACUUUCUGCCAAAUGACUAAAUAAUAUAAAUAAAUUUUUAUACAAUCUCA